GCUCACACGAGUGCAUAUGUAGUGAGACCGCACGAGCUUCUGUUAUGUACCUAUCGGGGCUGGAAUACCUCGCGUCGCAGUCAGUAUGUAUCCUGGGGACUCGUCAUCCAAAUGAGAUCUUUCACCCUGUAUUCCGUAUCGCGCUUCAUUCUUGUCCUGUAGGGACCAAGAGAAAGAAGGGGCUUGGAUAUAAAUCUCGCAUAAUCGCUCCUCUUGGCUCCCUACCCUCGUCUCAUCCGCCUUUUCUAGACAGGACACACUCUUUUUACAACCUGUACAAGAUCAUUCAUUUGGCUACCAUUUUUGACAUUAUAUUCAUCACACGCAUUAUCCUCAGCAUAAUCAACAUGGCCCGCUUCAGUCUUUCUUUCUUCUCCGUCUUCCUUGUUCUGGCAGCGUUCGCCAUGUCAAUGCCCACCAAGCGCGAACAGAGUCCGGGCUUGGGACUUGGCAAUCUUUUCACCCCGUUGCAGGAUGCGGUCAAGUCCGUUGAGAGCUUGGGCAACAAGGACGCCAACAACCAGAAGAGCCAAGCCCAGAGUGCCCAACCCCCGAAGCAGGUCCCUACCCCGGUGCAACAGAAGGUCGAUGAGAAGCAGGCAAUUGCUGAGACACCCGCUCCCACACCUACUGAGAAGGGGCUUUACUCUGGUAAUUUCCAGACACCCACAACUACCCACACUUCCCACGCUACUUCCCAGCCCAACGAGCUGGGCAAGAUUCCUAUAGUUGGCGGUCUCCUCGGUGGUACUGGUCUUGGCAUUUAAUCGAUCAGAGCGUUGUUUGUGAGAUGAACGAGUUGAUGAUUGGGUGGGGGAGUUGGAUAAAGGAUACUUUGAUAGCUUAAGUUCAUUCGAAA